AUGAACACUUGCUUCAUCCAAGUCUGGUGGUCAUCAGUUUUUCAUUUUCUGGUCCUUUCUUUGGCCACCACAUUCUGGUUUGGUGACACUGGUUUUUCCCCUCAUCGCAGCGAAAGUAUCGUUUCACCGCCUCCCGCCUUUGAAACUGUUACCGUCUCACCAGCAGCUGCCUUUUCAGGGUCCCCUGGUUUUGCCUCCUGGCUGUUUUAUAAGUGGUUUGAGGCCCUGGAGUCCUGCACAUUGCCCCGACGUCGUCGGUACGCGCCGGGCGUCUGCUGCCCCCUGCAGUCUGCCUGCCCUGGUGGCCGUGUCUCCGCCCAGCUCCUUCCGGAGCUCCUGGCCUCCUCGCCGGCCUCCUGCUGCUCUGGCCUCUGUGUCGCUCGUUCCUAUUUGCCCAUAUCCACGCUGUGCCCGUUCUCUGCCCACCGCUGUCUCCAGGAAGCUGACCCUGCAGACGGGGUCACCUCGGCUCGGUGGCAUCAGCCACCCCUGGGGUCACAGGAAGGCGCGGGGAGCAGAGAGGAGAGGCUGCCAGUGGAGCCUGGUGGGAUUUACCGGAGCAGCCUGGCUCCCUCUGCGACCCUCCCUCCAGAACAGCGGCCCUGUGACUCCGGGAGGGCGCAGCUCACCAGAGAACAACACGAUGCUGAGACCCGGGUACUGUUUGUCACCGCAGCACACAGACUGCGGCAGGAAGGAGCUUCGGCGCCGCCUCUCCCCACCGAACGUGCCCCGCCUCCCGCGCUCCCUCAGUCCCCCGGCCCCGCGACCCUCCUCCGGCCGGGAGGGGGCGCCGAGCAACGGCGAGACCAUCCGUCGGCACAGGGGGAGCCCGGAAGUGACGCGCAGCCGGCGGAAGUCCCGUCCGCCCGGGCGGAAGUCCCGCCCUCGCCGCCCACCCUGGCGGAAGUCCGGACCGCUGUCCCUCGUGGCUAGUCGCAGGCA